CUGAUCAUACUUGAUGUUCGACUUGUUUCUCGUCGCGAGAAACUUUCAGGAACAGGGGCAAGCAAAAUCGAUAGAGCACUUCAUACGUCGAUGCACGCAGAGAACAGAUCAUUGUCCUUGAGACUGUGGCUUUUGACAAGGAUUUCGAAAAACUAAAGGCAGAUCCAGAGUACGUGGCGAUUAAGAAGAGGGUCGUGUCGCUGAUUCCGGACACGGAAAAGAUCAAAGAGAUGUUGCUGGACAAGUAUGAGAAAAUUCAGGAUGUCGAGGCAUCUGCCCUGGCCGCCGCCGCCAAGGCCGGUCGUCCCAAACCACCACCACGCCCAAAAAAACCAGAAUUUCUCUCGUCGGCGCGACAUGAUGGUCAUGUACCGAUAGCAGGAUCGUCGUCGGUACUGAAAUCAUCAUCCUCGACACUAGAGACAUCUCUAUCCGCUUUUCAGAUAUCGACUUCACAGUCUGAGCAAUCGAGUCUUUUGUACUCAAAUCCUAACCAAAUGGCAGGACUUCAAGUAUCGAUGGUAUCCAUGUCCAUGACCGCUCCCGGCAGUAUGGUUCCCUCGGCUCCACCAGCUACCUCGCUCGCAUCGUAUAAGCCUCUUCAGCCAACAAUCUACAAAACCUCUUCCUCGCCAUCAGCCUCGUCGCCAGUCUUUCAACCAAUUAUCACUUCAUCUGUAGGCGGUAUGAUAAAUUCAGGACCACAGGCAUCGACGUCACCGGCGCCAACGAGUAUGGCCGCAGUACCUAUCAUACCAGGACCUAGAUUGCCGCUUCAGCCAUUGAGUAACCCUAUUUCUGCGCCAAGACUAGCAUACAAUAUGAUACCCCCAGCAUCUGUUCCAGCAGUAAUUGCGAACGGAAAAGGUGAAGGUGUCAAAAAGGCCUCUGAACAAUUACCAGCCGUUUCGAGCAAUGUCCAGAUUAUAACAUCACGAGGCAAUGGAGCCUCUGACGAUAGUUAUAAGUAUCCACUUUCGAUCAAGCCUCAGCGGUUGUUGGAAUAUAUGAAGCAGCCAGACGGAGCGUCGUUGUUGCUGAUUGAUGUGCGUAUGCAGGUCCAAUACGCUCAUGCGAGGAUUAAGACGCCUUCAAUCGUCAAUAUCGAACCACCUGCGCUAAGAGAUGGUGUUUCUGCGAAAACCAUUGCGGACCAGGGACUAUUCAACAACCCACCCUCGGAGCGGAAAUUGUUUGCAGACAGGGCAUCUUUUAGUCUUGUGAUUUACUACGACCAAAAUUCGACAGAGAUACCGACUUCAGGGCCACUCUGCAAUCUGUUCAGAGCCCUUCACGACCUGGAGUUCGAGAAACCGCUUUUUCGGAGGCCUGUGUUUCUCAUCGGCGGGUUCGAUGCGUGGCUCGAGUGCACAGGGAUGAAAUGGGUCCAGGGAGAAGGCGUGGGGGGUACGGGACGUGUAGGGCCGUCGACACCCCCAUCUUCGGAUGCUAGUAAUAAGGCCUCCGCAACGUCCAUGGACAACUUUGAGCAUCGGCCAGGAUUGUCAGCCAUCCCUUACGACUAUUCGUCCCAUAACAGUGCUAUAUUCGCUAAGCUUUCCAGAGGUGGAGGUAUCAAUCGGCGCGAUGGAAAUAUCAUCCGACGGAACCUUGACGAUUAUCUAAAACGCGAUGAUGGUCCUCAAUCGAUGGUGAACGCAAGGAUAGGAUCGAACGUGCCCAACAUGGCCUAUCCUCCGCGUGCGACGCCCUAUACCAAUAUCAACGCCUCGUCCUACCCUCAUGCCCACUUAACUUAUAACACCGCCCCGCCAAGUAGUGCUAGUGCCAUCAGUGAUGGAGCAUAUGGAGGUCAUCCGCCAGAUCUACGGCAAAGUCAGCUGGAGGGCGUAACACCGACUCCGCGGGCUUACAGGAGCGAUGCGGGCAAGCUGCAGAGGCGCCAAACGAUUUACGACGACCACUGGAACAACUUCGGAGCGACCGAUAGAUCUCAAGUACAGCACGCGACCUCACCACCAGUUCCAGCUAAGAUUCCGAUUUCAGACACCAGUAUGUCGAUCGGAUUAUCAGAGGCACCCAUGUCGUCAGGACCAACUCUGCCUUCGAUCAUGCCUUCAACAUCAUCGAUCCGACCCCUGAUCCCCUCAAAGCCCAUGCGACCGCUUCCACAGCCUCCAGGAAUGAACGACCUGAAGGAUUAUACAAAAUUUGGAUCUGGAUUUUCAAAGAUCGGAGGAUCGCAGCUGGGCAAAACUGGAUUGACGAAUCUCGGCAACACUUGCUUUAUGAACUCGGUGAUCCAGUGCUUGAUCGCAACACCACCGCUGUCGCGGUAUUUCUUGGACGGAAGUUUCAAACGCCAUAUCAAUGUGAAGAACCCUCUGGGGACGCAGGGAAAACUCGCAGAUGCGUUUUCAGAUCUAAUCAGGAACAUGUGGAGCGGGCAGUCGUUAGUGGUGUCACCGACGAGUUUCCGUUAUGCGAUCGGAGGCUUUGCACCGCAGUUUAAGGGCACGGAACAGCACGAUUCGCAAGAGUUUUUAUCGUUCCUUUUAGAUGGGCUGCAUGAGGAUUUGAAACUCGAGCCCAGGCCACCGCCUCCGGGGGAUGACGAGGGAUCGGAGGCGGAUGAGGCUCGAAUGGAGAGUUUGCCCGAGUAUGAGGCCUCGGAGAUUGCGUGGCAGCGGUAUCUGAGAAGAGAUAACUCGAUCGUGGUGAAUUUGUUUCAGGGCCAGUUCAUGAACCGGUUGCAAUGUACAAAGUGUGGCAAGACAUCAACGACUUACAAUGCCUUCAUGUAUCUGGCCUUGCCAAUCAUGGCCAAGACGAGCGGACGGCAGUCGCAGACGCUGUUGUCAUGUUUGAAUGCGUUUGUAGAGCCUGAGAUUAUGGAAGGCGAUAAUGCAUGGAACUGCCCCAAGUGUCAGAAGCCACGGAAGGCAACCAAGCAGUUAACUAUCAGUCGUGUCCCGGAUGUGCUGUUGAUCCAGUUGAAACGAUUUUCGUCUGAUGGGCCAUUCAAGAAUAAGAUCAAGGCGAUGGUGCAGUAUCCGAUUCAGGAUCUGGACCUGACAAAGUAUCUACCAAAACGAACCUCGACAGGUACAGCGGAGCCGGCGGUGUAUGAUCUGUAUGCAGUGUCGAACCACUCGGGUGAGGUGAGCAGUGGACAUUAUACGGCCUGCGUGAGGGGUGAGUCGCCGAACAGCUGGAUUAAUUUCGACGAUUCGCGAGUGUCACCGUGCGACAAGAGCGUGGCCGUGUCGGAGCACGGAUAUACCCUAUUUUAUGUUCGUAGAAAGUAAAUCUGCCGGCACAACGUCCAUAUAUUGGUUUUUGCU